GCUACGGGCGGCUCCUCCUCCGCGGGCUAGCGCAGGCCUCUGGUCCUCUCGUGCUGCUGCCUCGUCUCUUUUCUCGCUGCUUUGCUUCCCACGGCCCCUUAGCCGUGUCCCCUACAUCUGGCGCACGGCUGUGCGGCUGCGCGUGGUUUUCCGUGGUGUGGUGCUUCCCGCGACUCGGAGCAUUCUUCCGGGGCCACCCAGACUGCACACGACGUGGACUUGGCCCAGCGCUAAGUUUUCUUAACCCAAAGACAGUGGACGUGUAGGUAGUGACAGCAGCCCCGGAGGUCGCCGAAGUCGGGGGCACCAUGGAGGAGCCCCCUGUGCGGGAGGAGGAGGACGGGGAGGACGACGAAGGCGCCCUGGCCAAGAGUCCCCUGCAGCUGACCACCGACGACGUGUACGACAUCUCCUACGAGGUGGGCCGCGAGCUGAUGGCCCUGGGCAGCGACCCCCGAGUCACCCGGCUGCAAUUCAAGAUCGUGCGUGUGAUGGAGAUGCUGGAGGCGCUGGUGAACGAGGGCAGCCUGGUGGCCGAGGAGCUGAGGAUGGAGAGGGACAACCUCAGGCAGGAGGUGGAGGGGCUGCGGAGAGCCGGUGUGUCCGGAGGCCAGGUGAACCUGGGACCGGACAAAAUGGUAGUGGAUCUAACCGACCCAAACCGGCCGCGCUUCACUCUGCAGGAGCUGAGGGACGUGCUGCAGGAGCGCAACAAGCUCAAGUCGCAGCUGCUGCUGGUGCAGGAGGAACUGCAGUGCUACAGGAGUGGUCUGCUUCCACCCAGAGAAGCUCCAGGAGGAAGAAGAGAGAAGGAUGCUGUGGGUACCAUGGGCAACAGUGACAAGGAAGAGAGGACCAUCAUGAAGAAGCUGUGAGUCACCCAGAUGCCCCCAUGACCACUAGAUCAUGACUGUGAGGUUCUUUUUCCGGUCAGGGAAACACACCUAGAUUGAAGGCCAUGGCAAAGGCCUCUGACCCGAGAAGACAAUUGUCAAGGUGUCUUCUGGAACCAUCUUUCUGUGACAUGUAUCUGCUCUGGGCUGGCGACUCAUUUCCCCCUCAGAAUAGUCAAAGGAAGAUGUUCUCACUGCUCCCUUGCUGGCUGGGGACAGACCUGGACAGCCACCAUGCUUUGGCCAGGCCAGGCGAGACAACACCAAGAACUCCAGAAUGUAAAGAGCAUGGCCACAUCCUGCCUCCACAGAUGGAGAGGACUCUGGCCUGUUCCAGCCUUUGAGAUGCUCUGGUCGUUAACGUGGGAAAAUAUGGAAUUGACUUCGCUGAUACUUGGUGAAUACUUGAUUUUUCUCAUACAACUUUAUAUGACUUUUGUAUUAAAUAAAGACCUUUAUACUUUC